AUGGAGAAUGGCUGGACAGCUCUGCAGGUUGCAGCUCACUACAAACACCUCGAUAUAGCGCAGUUGCUCGUUGAAGAUGGGGCCAAACUCGACGUGAAUGACGGACUGGACGGCAAGACUCCAUUACAUAUUGCGGUGGAAGCUGGCAAUACGAAAUUGGUUCGAAUGUUGUUGAAGCACAACGCAAAUCCCAACAUGCCCGCGCUUCGGGAUGCUCCCAUACAUACUGCGGUCCAUAGUGAGAGCCAAGACAUUCUCAAACUUCUCCUGGACGCAGGCGCAGUCACAGAACUUCUCAAUGGCAAUGGGGAAACACCGCUCAUCAUAGCAGCCGGCAAAGGCAACAUUUCAAUUGCAAAGUAUCUAUUGAAUCUAGAAGCCGAUGCGGACUCGUCCAAGGCAAAAUUCUCUAGCCCUCUUCUCGCCGCCUGCCGAAAGGGUCACUUGGACAUGGCUGCGCUGCUGCUUAAGUACGGUGCCAAUAUCGACAAGGCCGACGCCGAAGGGAACACGCCUUUGUUUCUUGCUGUUUAA